GCGGAAAUCUCGCGAUGCUAUACUAGACGCCAUCUCGAGCGAAGAGGUUUCAGUAGGCGCGCUGUUCGUCUGAGGAGAAGAGAAAGAAGGCGGGAGAGGAAGAGGAGGAGGGGCCGGGCCUCCGCCGUCGGGUAGGCCGCUUCCCUGCUCAAAAUAAUGGCGGGCUCUUCUUCCCGCUCAACCCAGACCGCGAAGUAGGCCCUGAUACGGAGGCCGAAGCCCGCCCGGGCGCCCUUUCUGUCAAAUAGAGGUCGAACCCCGUGGCGUUUUCAAGGCCGAGGCUGCGUUGACGCCUCCCUGCUUGUGUCUCCCUGCAGGAGAACCAGCCAUGACGUCUGUUUCCGAAAAAGACGGCUCCCAAGCCGCGGAGGAGGGGGAAGAAAUGGGCUCAGAAGCCGAAAACAAAGUGGGAGAGAGCGAGGAAGAGGGGGAAGAGAAAGAAAAAAGUCUCAUUGUAGAAGGGAAAAGGGAAAAGAAAAAAGUAGACAGAUUGACCAUGCAAGUGUCCUCAUUGCAGAAGGAACCCUUUACAAUUACACCAGGAAAGGGACAAAAACUUUGUGAGAUUGAAAGGAUACAAUACUUUUUAAGCAAGAAAAAAACAGAUGAACUUCGAAACCUGCACAAGCUUCUUUACAACAGACCAGGAACAGUUGCUUCGCUAAAGAAGAAUGUUGGCCAAUUCAGUGGGUUCCCCUUUGAAAAAGGAAGUGACCAGUAUAAGAAAAAGGAAGAAAUGUUGAAAAAAUACAGAAAUGCAGUGCUGAAAAGUAUUUGUGAAGUUCUUGAUUUGGAAAGAUCAGGAGUUAACAGUGAAUUGGUGAAACGAAUCUUAAACUUCUUGAUGCAUCCAAAACCUUCUGGCAAGCAAUUGCCAAAAUCCAAGAGAACACCUAGCAAAGGUGGCAAGAAAGAACGUGGUAGUUCUGGAACAGCGCGAAAAGCCAAAAAGACCAAAGAUCCAGAGAUCCUGUCAGAUGAAUCUAGCAGUGAAGAAGAUGAAAAGAAAGAGAAAGAUGAAUCAUCUGAAGAAGAUAAAGAGAGUGAAGAAGAGCAACCUAAAAAGUCAUCGAAAAAAGAAAAACCCAAACCGAAGACACCUUCAAAAAGCAAAAAGGGCACAAAGACUGCUUAUGUCAAGAAAGCAGAUAGCAGCACAACCAAGAAGAAUCAGAACAAUUCCAAAAAAGAAAGUGAAUCUGAGGAUAGUUCUGAUGAUGAGCCUUUAAUUAAAAAGGUGAAAAAGCCACCUACAGAUGAAGAACUGAAAGAAACAGUGAAGAAGCUGUUAGCUAAUGCAAACCUAGAGGAAGUUACUAUGAAACAGAUUUGUAAAAAGGUAUAUGAAAACUAUCCCUGCCAUGAUUUGUCUGGCAGAAAAGAGUUCAUCAAAAAGACAGUGACAGAGCUGAUUUCGUGAUCUAAUGAAAAGGAAAGAAGUCUCCAGAGAAGUUCCCAUGGAUUUAAAUAUUUUACAAACACCAGCAAAAAUAUUUUUGUCUCCUUUUAUUUUUUGUUUUGCCUAUUUGGUACAGCGUAGUAUUAAGUCAGGGAUGAUUCUACUAGCUUGAUGCUCUGAGUGUUUAUGGAAAUUACUUUAUCUUUCAAAAAUUGUGUUGGAUGCAGUUAAGUUUUCCAUGUUAAUACGUGUUAUCUGCUUAUACUUGGUACAUCAUGCAGAUGUACUAUAGCUGUUAUAGAUUUUAGUGUAUUGCACUGUAGAGAUCUUUUUUAAAAGAUCAAUUAAUAUGAAAACUGAUGUAUCUGUACAUACACAUGCAGCAA